AUGCGGGAAAAUGUCAUGCUGCGGACUUUGGACCUCCGUGGCAACAACAUCCGCGCCGAUGGUCUUGUAGUCCUGGCGCAUGGGCUUCGCACAGGUGUGCUUCAAGUGGAAUCAGAUUGGCAGCUGCCUGCCUGCAUACGAGAUGCCGAGCAACUUUGGGGCGGUUUGCAUGGUUGCACGGCACUUAUGGGCUACCAGAAAAGUCAGGAAGCUUUCCAUGUCUCCAUGUUAUGGAACAACAAGAUCGGCGCAGACUGCGGUCACUUCCUGGGCGACAUGCUGCGGGAAAACAGCACCUUGACACACUUGGACCUCAGCUGGAAUGACCUGGGAGUUGAGGGUGGCAAGGCCUUGUUGGAUGGCCUUCAGGCCAACCACACCCUGAUCGAUUGCCAGCUCAGCGGAAAUCGCCUGGCUGAGGACACCCUGCAUGCCAUUGCCUUCAUUCUCAGACGCAAUCGGCAGACGGCACCCAUGGGCGAGCGCCUUCAGGCAAGAGCGCGCGAUGUCUCCCUCUCAGGACCCCAGGUCGCCAUCGCCGAUGUCGCCGAUGUCGCCACAGGCCCCCACGACGCCCGCCUCGCCAGGAUUUGGCGGCACGACGCCUGCCUCGCCUGGCUUCGGGACUACUGUGGGCGUUCGCUGAACAUGACCAUUGCCUCGGAGGGUGGUCCGAUGAGCCCCAAGGAAGGGCCCCCAACCACAAGCCUGCCGCCGCUGACGCCCGCCAAGGUGAGAACUUGGGAAGAACACCACGCCGGCGGAACCGGCGUGGCACAGACGAGCUCGACGUUCCAGAACCAGGGCUCGUACAACAAUUCGUUUGGCCAAGACAGACUGGAGCCAGGUACAGAAGAGCUUGCUCGAAGCAACAGGCCGUAUGUGCAUACGGAGUCCUGGGCCGCAGCACCAGCCAAGCAGGCGCCGUGGUCAACUGGAGCUCAGUGGACCGAAUGGCGCCCUCGAUCUCCAAGGAGAGUGUCUCCGAGACGUCGUGGCAAAGGCAGUGGUGGGUACGACCAACAGCCCAACAAGGGCAAGGGAAAGGAGAAGUCGGAGAAGCAGGAGCGCAAACCACUUGCGUCAGCAGCCAGUGCAGAGACAUUGACUGUAAGAACAAUGCCAAAGGCCCCCGCCGUACCCCAGAUGGCGACCAAGAACCAGGACGGCAAGGAGACUGCUCCUGCCACGUCGGCGGCCGCUACACCUGCGACAGCUUCUUCGACAGCAGACGAUGGCGCCAACAAGCAACUACAAGCACUAAUGCAAGCGCUGCAAGGAUGGGAUUCCCUUCCUCCUGCAGUGAAAGACAUGAUGGAGUCAGCGCAGCAAGAGAACAACAAGAAGGUGUCGGCCUCUUUGCACAAGAAAGUGACGGAGCAGGCGCGUGCACGAAAAGACCUUGUGGAGCUAAGGCGACAACGAGGCGAGUAUUUGGCUGGAUGGUCGCAGUAUUUGCAGGACUUGCUGCAGACACUCCAGAAGCAGUUUGGGGAACGCAACAACACGUUGGAGCAGCUUUACAACCAGGAGGGCAACCUAAUGCAAGCGUUGCAGGCUGCCAGUAUGGAAGUCAAGCGCUUGAGCACCCUGCAGCAGAAAGUGGACCCUGGCGACGUCGUGCAUGUGGACUCGCCAGAAGAAGGCAUGAGCGAUGCCGAAGCAGAUGUGUCACAGGCAGCGGAGAUCGACGCGAAGAGGCGGCAUCAGAUGCAGGCCUUGAAGCAAGAAGACCUCUCCCUCCACCAGCUCUUGGAACAGGCCUUGGAAACAACGGCCAAGCAGGCGGCGGCGUAUGGAGAACCAGUCACUCCGAGAAGCCGUCCGGCCAAGCGAGCUGCAAGAGAAGGCGGAGGGGAGACUGCUGGCACGGAGGAGGCCAAGGCCAAACCUCCGGAGCCGCCUUUUACGAAGGCUGACUUUGUCGACGGAUGGCAUGCAGCUUUCAUUGCGGUUCAAAUGACUUUCGAGCUCAACAUCGCUUACGCUUUUGCUGCCAGCCAUUCCUUUCAUCGGGAUCCGAGGAUACUUGAGAAUGAUGAAAUGGAUGGCGAUGUACAUUUCGACGACGACUCAUGGGCCGUAAAGGCAAUUGCCUCCUUUAGAAACGAGUUGAACAACCUUCGUGAGGUGCAAGCAGAGGUGCAAGCAGAGGUGUCAGGACUCUCCACGCCACAGAUGCUAGAGGUGUCAAGUUCCAACGCGGCCAGCGUGGCAACACUCUCCACACCGCAAGAGGCAGCUAAGGUCCCAGGCUAUCUGGCCAGCCGGUCAGCAGGACUCACCGUGCCGCAGGUUCCAACCGACCCCAGUGCGGACAGCGUGUCAAGGGGACUUCUUGUCACUGCGCAGGCGCCAGCCAAGGUUUCAGGUCACCAUCCGGCUAGCCGGUCGGCAGGCCCCUCCACACUGCAGGUGCCAGGAGAGGUGUCAGCUUUCACUGCGGAUAGCCGGUCGCGUCAGGACUCUCCACGCCGCAAGUAUCAGCAGAGGUCUCAGUCUUCCGGCCAGCCGGUCGGCAGGACGAUCCGCUCUGCAACCAGCAGAGGACUCCUCGUGCCCAAUUCGCAAGCAGAGGUCUCAGGUCUCAACCCGGCCAGCAUGUCCCAGCAAGCAGAGGUCUCAGGCAGCAGGUCCACGCCGCAGUUGCAAGCAGAGGUCUCAGGACUCUCCGCGUCGCAAGUGUCAGCAGAGGUCUCAGUCUCCAUCUGGCCAGCCAGUCGGCAGGAGCCUGCGCCCCGCAACCAGCAGAGGUUGGAAGGGCUCUUCACGCCGCAAAUCCAAGCAAAGGUCUCAGAUCUCAGUCCGACUAACAGGUCGGCAGGACUCUUCGCGCCCAAGGGGGAAGCAGAGGUCUCAGGUCUCCAUUCCACCAGCAAGUCGGCAGGACUCUUCGCGCCGCAGUUCAGCCAGUCAACAGACCUCUCAACGGAGCAAGCAGUGAGCCAUGGGGCAGAGUCCUCAAACAUGGCAGCUGUUAUAUCCCUUGAGCAAGCGAUACCUGACGAAGUCUGUGAAGCUCGAAUCAAGUGCGACUUAUGCCCAAAUUCCAUUGCCCAGUUGCUUGAAGAUUUCACGCCCGAUCAAUGGCAACUACAGCUACCAGAUGGCAUGCAACUACAUGAAAGCGUAGCGCCCUGGCUCGAACAUGAAGUUGACUGGCGUCCUUGCCCAUGCCAGCAAACGCUCCACUUGUUCGUUGAUGGCACCUCCUGGCCUGAUGCCAAGCACCCGCCUGCGUGGGCAGUCCUUGCUUUCUGGGAAGGAACCACCAAAAAGCACUGGGCUGGCUAUCUUGCUGACAUCUUGUGGGGGCCUGACCAUUCCAAAUUCCUUGGGUUCGACCACCCCCAGGCUCUCGAGGCAGAAUGUGUCGCCAUGUUCAUAGCACAAGCCAUGAUCUUGGCUGCGAAACCAUCCAGCGCUGUCAUCCACUAUGACUGCAAAGUCGCGGCCAGGACAGCUGAGGGCAGAUGGCGGUUGCAAGGUAAGCUAGGAGAAGCCAAUGUCCCACGAGCCAUGCAUGCCCUUCGUGCUGUUGCGGCUGAGGUUGGUGUCCCUAUAUGCUUCCAACACGAGCGGUCACACACCGGCAUUGGUGGCAAUGAGAUGGCUGACUCACUUGUCAAGCACGUGUCCAAGUUCCCACGAGCAGCCACUGAGGCACCAGGAGAGCCAGUUGCAUUUGCCAUCAGGCAUCACAUGUUCGCUUGGUUGUGGGUGGUCGCUAAUGAUGCCAAAGUGGCUGACAUGCCCUAUGAGUCGCCCGUGCAAGUCAUAGGUGAAAGCUCCAACGUCAUGAAGGAGGCUCUGGCGACACCUGCCGCCCUGGCAAUGCAGACAGCGUCAGCCGCCAAGGAAGUCAUUCAGCUCGAGUGGCGGCUCAUCACAUAUAACUCCUUGUCCAUGCAACGUGUCGAACAAAGACAAUGCCUUGCUAGCCACCUGUCAAAGCAGCGCUGCCCUGUGGCUGGCUUUCAGGAAACAAGGGAGACGUGUGACGUCAUGAGGCACUUUCAGGGCUUUAAAAUUUUCGCUUCAAUGCCUAUUGCAGGACAGGGUGGAUGCCAAUUGUGGUUUUCCACUUCCGCCAUUGCCAACGCAGAAAGCGGGCCAGUCACAUGGGAUGCAAGGGGGUUCUCUGUCACGCAUAGCUCGCCCCGUUGUCUUGUUGUGACCGCCAGCUGUGCAGGAGCCAGGUUCGCGUUUGUCUGCGCACAUGCCCGCACCUCAGCCGAAAAGCCAGACACAAUUCAUGAGUGGUGGCAGUGGUUAGCAGGCAUAGUAAAUGCCAUCCCGCGAGGCAGGCAGGUGGUGCUCUUAAUUGACGCCAACGCUCGAUUUGAUGCUGGCGUGGAAGGCAGCAUGAAACCCCGAAACCUCAAUGCUGAGCAUUUUGCGCAUUUCUUGCGACGGUUCGAGCUUGCCGCAACUGGGGUGUUAAAUAGCGCGGGGCAACCCAUAGUCACGUGGACGAGUCCAGCAGGCAAGCCUGCUUGCUUGGACUUUGUGGCAGUGCCACAGUCAUGGCGGCCUUUCCUCUCUGUGCAUCAUGAUGUCCCGCAUUUCCUUGAUUUGCAUUCAGGGUUUGAUCAUCACCCGCUGCAUGCCGACCUCAAAGUUUGCCUUGAGCUUGAAGUCGUAAAGAGGCGCCGCGUGAUCGAUAGAGCUUUCUUGGCAUCGGACGAAGGGCACCAAUGCGCAAAACAAAUCUUUCAAAGCCUCCCUGCUGUGCCUUGGGAAUGUGAUGUUGAUGUUCAUUUAAGUGUCAUAAAUGCGCAUCUUACACAGGCGUCGGAUAUGCUGCCAGCAAAGCUGCCCGGGCCACGCAAGCCUGGCAUGUCACCUGACGCCUGGCUGUUAGUUAGGGCACGCCAUCAAUAUAGACACAUCGCUAGACGAGCCAGGGCCAUGACACAAAGGAUCUGGCUACAUGCUGUGUUCAAAGCAUGGCGGCGGCCGUGCUAUCGUGCCAAUGUGUGUAGGCCUCUUGCCGGAUUGUACGCUCUGCAGGCCAGAUGCUGCGUUAGUGUUAGAAGACUGGGUCAAAAGUUGCGAAAAGUCACAAGGAAAGAUGAAGCUCAAUUGACAAGGAAGGCCAUGAAAGAUGCCAAAAGUGAGGGUCCUGAGGCGCUGGCAUCGCACAUGCGCGCCGUUCUUCGGUCCGGUAGACGGUACAAGGCCCUGCAGCCCAAUCCCGUUUUGCUCACAGGAGAUUCUCUCCUGACUGAACCGGAAGAAGUCUUGGACCGCCUGCAACAGCAUUUUGCGCAGUUUGAACGUGGGGAAAUUGGCUCGCUCGAGCAAUGCAGGUCACGGGAAGCCCCGAGGCCCCAAGUUGUGCCCAUCGAAGAGAUACCGACUUUGCAUGCGUUGACCGAAAGCUUUUCGCAGCUUAAAUCUGGCAAGGCGCCAGGCCUAACAGGCCUUGUAGCCGAGCUAUACCGCGCAGCUCCAGCUGAGGCAGCCAGGACACACUGGCCGUUGCUUGCCAAGACGUGUGCUCGCGGGCGCGGGCCACUUUUAUGGAAAGGCGGCAUCGCGCGCGCCAUUCCCAAACCCCAUAAGUGCUUGGGAGAGGUCACCGGGUGGAGAAACAUCCUUUUACAAGAACCGGCUGGCAAAGCGGUGGCCAGAGUGCUUCGCGAACCUCUGGAGAAGGCUUUUCGCGCGCAAGCGCGGGAAGGUACUGGAGGUGGCAUCAAGGCGCGCCCGAUGGAGCUGUCCAGUUUGAUGGUCCGGCUUCACUUUAGCCGAGCCAAAGCAGCCGGACGUUCGGCUGCUGUGCUCUUCGUUGACGGGCAACAGGCCUUCUACUCCACGUUGCGAGAGUAUCUGUGGGGUAGUCUGCAGCAAGAAGGGGGCCUUGAGCAGGCUGUCCAGCGGCUGUUGGAUGGCAUCCAUGUGGACUCACAGAUAUGUGAUAGAGCUAAACAGUUGCUAUCCCAGCCGGGGCGAUUGGUUGAACUGGGCGUUUCGUCCAGUUUGAACUAUAUUUUUCAGGCACAGCUGACUGGUACAUGGUACUGCAUGAACCCACAGGCCCAGCAGGUUGUGCAGUCCUUUACGGGAACGGGACCUGGCUCACCGCUGGCCGACAUCCUGUUUCAGGUCGUUUUCGACAUAAGUCUGCGCUCCCUUGAACAAAGCUUGCGGGAGGCCGGCAUGCUGCAGUCACCUCUCACGAACGGAGGGGAUAUGCCUUCGCAGUCUUGGUGCCCAUGUUACAUCCCGACAUGGGUUGACGACCUCGCAAUUCUCAUUGACGCCGACGCGCCAACAGAGCUAAUGCAUCGGCUUGAUGCUGCCACUCGCGCGGCGCAUGUGGCACUUGGGCUUGCCGGAAUAGCAGUCAACCACUCCCCAAGAAAGACUGAGGCUGUCCUUGCAAUGCGCGGAAAAGGGUCGCAAGAGGCUCGGCGUCAGGCUUGGGUGAGAGAAGCAGGUGUACACGAGGUAGAGGUUGCAGGACGCACGAUCCGGUUGGUGUUGGCCAGUAGCUACCUUCAUUUGGGCACGACAGUGUGUGCGUCUUCCACAGAUGCUCCAGAUUUGCGAAGUCGCGGUGAGACCGCGUGGGCUAAAUUCCUUCCCGUGCGCAGGCGGGUCCUCACCAACCCUGAGUUAAGCAUUUCCGAACGCGUGCAAGUUGUUGAUUCGCUCGUACUCAACAGCCUCAUGCACGGGGCCGGAGUUUGGACGCUAGCUACCAGCAACGAGCGUGAAAUGCUGCAUGCGGCUUACAUGCGCAUUAUGCGCGGUUGCAUGAAACCAUUGUUGGGCGCCAGUGUCGUGGGUUUGACGGACCAGGACGUGUGCUCGGCCCUGUGCGUUCUGAACCCGGAAGAGAACCUGUGGCUGCAUCGGGCACGACUCCUCAUGCAGUUGGUUCGGUCUGACUGCUAUGGCUUGUGGUUUGUUUCCGAGGCGGAAAGCUUCUGGCUCCACCAGGCUGGGCAGGCCUUGUACCGAGUAUGCUACCCGCUGCUAGGUCAGCCGGCGACCAAUGUGGAAUGCGUGCGCGAGUUUCGGCCUUGUAGACAUUGGAUGCAGCAAGCCAAGCAGCAUGCAGCAGCGCUGACGUCUGCGGUGCAAAGCUUCAGGGCGCGGAUUCUUCGUGCGCGGCAGACAGCUUGCAGGGCAGUUCGCAGGAGAAUCUUCAUAGCCAGAAGUCAGUUGCAGGAUGGAAUUGUUGCCAUCCGCAUCCCAACUGGCCUGCGGUUGCUUCGGCUGCCGUGGGUACAGCGUGCCAAUGCUGCUGCGUUGAGUUUUGGUCCACCAGACGCCUUAGGCAACACUUACGCCAACAGCCGUCGUGUGGCGUCUGCUAUGCUGAGGCGGACCUUGGAUGUGAGGCGCCGCAUCCUGAUGUCGAUGAUGGCUGGCGCCCGCCGAGUACGGUUGCUGGACCACGUCCAUGGUGGGCUACUCUCCAGCCUACUGCCCGGUCUUCCGACCCUGAAGCUGCUCCAGAGAGAGCAGAACCACAGCAACGUCGAGGACGCGCGCUUCUUCGGCGAGGUGGCCGAGUACAUCGACCUUCUGCAGCUCGAUGUGGCGCGGAACAAGAAGUACCGCAUGGACGCGGAGGAGUGGGAACGCACAGGAUUCAUGGAAAGGGAGAUGCGCUACGCGCAAGAGAUGCGAGAGCUAGAGAACCUUCUGGCAAGGGCAAAAGCGGAGAAGGAUUCCUUGGCAGUCGGGCAAGCUGAGGCAACCGGCUUCUUCCAGCAGAGCAUUCCAGGUCACAGCCAUGCAGCGUUGCCUCAGAGCAGUGCCUUCCUGCAGCUGAGGUUCGGCUACCCUCCCAAGCUCUCCACCACGCGCUAUACCGGAAUCCAUUGUCAUCCGGGCCGACCUUGGGGGUACCCCAACCCCACGAAGCGUCAAGGAAAAGUGCGCCGUCUUCCGAACGUCCAACUGAAGCGCUGCGACUUUAGAGUCUCCGCCUCCAGCGAUGGGCAGUUCUACUUGCGGACUCCCUUUCCACCCCGGAUCAACCGCACCCUGGACUGCGAGGCGCCUGGCAAGGCCAAGAAGAACCCGUGGCCCACGACCGUGCACAAGGACUACAAGCUCAAGUGGAAGAACAUUGAGUAUGUCUAUGUGCCACAGCUGAUGCGGAAGCCCUUUGGAGGCCCCCACCAGCGUUGGGCCGGACCGGUGACACGAAUCGAGCACCUCCAGAAUGGAAAGAUGAAGUCCGAACUUGUAACGCACGACGAUGAGAUCCUUCACGACGCAGACUACGUGCAGCACGAAAUCGACAAAGUUCGUGCUGAGAAGUCCAAGACGGUCGACGACCGCAACAAGAUGGAGGAGAUCGCCAGGGCCACGGCGGAUCGGCUCCGUGCCGACAUCCGCGAUGCACUGACGACAAAGGCGGACCUGGAGACCCAGAUCUACAAGACAAAGAGGCGACAGCAGGAGCAGGAAGAGGAGAACGCUCGACUGAGGACCACUUUCUCGCUGUGGCUCCCCAACCUCGGUCCUUAG